UGAGCGGAUGUGUGCGUGUUGUUACUGAGCAGUGAUGAUGAUGAUGUAGUAAGAAGGGAGAGCUGUCACAUCAGCAGCACAUGGAGUAUCAGCUCUAUAAAGUGUUUAAAGCAGAAAUGGGUUGGUCUUCAGCUUAUGAUAUGAAGGAAAGGCGCGUUCAAGGAGGAAACCAGCUUCUGGAUCAAGAGAUGGAGGCACACAGUUCAGACUUCAGCAGGAAGAGGAAGAGAGAGGAGUUGAACGGUGGGGUGAAGGCAGAGUGUUUCCGAAAACUUCCACGGAGGACUCUGGGCCUGACUGAACCUGCACCGUUCGCUGAUGAGCUGGUGGCUGCAAAAGCCCCAUACGUUCGUGUUAGCAUGGAAGAAGCCCGCCGUGGCACUCCAGAGGACCGAGCAGUUCGCGUCUAUGCUGACGGGAUCUUUGACAUGUUUCACUCCGGACACGCUCGUGCUUUGAUGCAGGCCAAGUGCCUUUUCCCCAACACGCAUCUCAUUGUGGGUGUGUGCAGCGAUGAUUUGACGCAUAAAUAUAAGGGUUUCACUGUCAUGAACGAGGAUGAGCGUUACGACGCAGUGAGGCACUGUCGUUAUGUUGAUGAGGUGGUCCGCAACGCUCCAUGGACACUGACGCCUGAAUUUCUGGCCGAGCACAGAAUAGACUUUGUCGCCCAUGACGACAUCCCAUACACCUCAGCAGGAAGUGAUGAUGUUUAUGAACACAUAAAGAAGGCAGGUAUGUUUGCGCCGACUCAGAGAACAGAGGGCAUCUCCACGUCUGACAUAAUCACACGAAUCGUACGUGACUAUGAUGUUUACGUGCGCCGCAACCUGCAGAGAGGCUACACUGCCAAAGAGCUGAACGUCAGCUUCAUCAACGAGAAGAAGUACCACCUGCAGGAGCACGUGGACAAGGUGAAGCAGAAGGUCCGAGAUGUGGAGGAAAAGAGUAAAGAGUUUGUGCAGAAGGUAGAGGAGAAGAGCAUUGACCUCAUUCAGAAAUGGGAGGAGAAAUCACGCGAGUUCAUCGGGAACUUCCUGCAGUUGUUCGGGCCGGACGGGGCGUUGAAGCACAUGUUGAAAGAGGGAAAAUGCCGGAUGUUACAGGCCAUCAGUCCCAGACAGAGCCCCAGCAGCAGUCCCGUCCGCGAGGAGCGCUCGCCAUCCCCCGCCUUCCGUCUUCCCUUCUUCACCUCCUCGCCAUUCUUUUCUCCUCCUCAUCACAGCGGCUCACACUACACGGGCAAAGAAGAGGACGACUAGGACCCAUCCAUUCUCACAAGCAGCUCUUCGUGUUUUAUACGCUUUCUUUAAGCCAUUUUGAGUAGCCAAGAAUAUAAAUGAAGGAUGGACUAGCUCAAGAUUUAUUUGAAUAUGAAAAAUGUGUAGAAGUGCACAAUAGUAAACAAAUUAUUCCAGCCGUACUUUCUAAAGGUUUUGAUCCCACGUCUCCCUCUCGCUUCAGAGAGAUUUGCCACACACCACUAAACCUAAAGGCUCAUAUUGUUGGCCUAUUUUUUUGGAUCGUAUUCGGCCUGGAACUUGCAUAAUUAUGCAUUUUUAGUGCCUCUUAUUUAAAUUUUUUUUUUUCUCAACAGAGCGUCUGCUUGCACGUAAUCUCAUUUUCGGUUGUGCAUAAAACUCACCCUCACCUGCCUUCAUUGUCCAGAUCUUUUCAUACUUGAACAGGGGCCAAAUUUGAGACUAAUUCCAGGAUGGGGGAGGGAUCCCAGGACAGAAAACUUCACGAUCGGUCGUCUUUGUAUAGUUCUGCAUUGUUUCUUCUUAUUUUACGCUUACUUUAUUGAAAGUCUGUUUUUACUUUGUCUUUCUUUUUGAAGAUUCAUGUGUCUUUCUGACCUUUUUAUGUUUCUGCUAAAGUUCACUAGGUGUUUUUCCUCAUAUGAACUCUCUCUCUCUCUCUCUCUCUGACUCUGAUGUGAAGUAAUAAUUUCAGGGCCUGGCAGUGACGGCGUCUGGCACCUCUAUUUAAACCCUGUGCUAGUCAGUGGCAAGGGUCCCAGUCUUUUUGGAAAGGCUUUGCUUGCUGAAUGUUUACAUUACCCAAGCCCACUGAGAGACAGUGUUAACACGAAAGAGUACCAGGACCUGUUUGUUUACAUGUGUACAUAGGACAGGAGGAGCUGACCGUAGGAUUAUGUGUUUG